AUGAAAUUGUGGUCGAAUGUAAGAGGAUUUUGUGCGACAAUUUGGUCUUCAAGAAUGAGUUCUGCUGCAGCUUCAAAUAGAAGACUUGAAGGGAAAGUUGCAAUUGUUACAGCAUCAACAGACGGGUGGGUAACGCAAUAUUUUUUCAGCUCAUUUGAACUAGAAAUUGAACUGAUGGUGAUAAAAUCUUUUAUCGAAUCUCAGGCUCAAAAACUUUGUAGUCAUAUUUGCAAGAAAAGAAAACUUAAAAGUAAAGAAGAGUUUACAGGCUAGCCGUAACUAAAGGUUAGGAAGUGCUUGCGAACAUGUACGUUUACCUUAAAGGUGCUGUUGAUAUUGAGAACCGCUUUUUUAUAAGUGUACGUGAAUCAGAGAAAGCCCUUUACAUGUAGUUCCAGUUUCAACAAAAGGAAUCGCGGCGGAUCAUGAACGUGGAAACUGAAUGGAACAACUCAGUAAACAAGUCAAAUAUUGCGAAUCAUCGGAAGCGAGGAGAGACAGCUGGAUGACAGCUGUAUUCGCAGGCAAAGGGACAUUGGAACCCCACCUUAUGGCCACCUCGUUAAUACGGGUCACCUGGUAAUAUUAUGGCCAAAUUUUUCCAGCCCAUUGGUGACCGUAUUAAUGGGGUUCCACUGUACAAUGAAAAUAGUAAUCUGCAUGACAUAAACAUUGCUCAACAUAGAAUUUACACAGUCAUGACUACUUGAAGUCCUUUUAUUUAAUGGGAUAUUCAAUCCAUGUUCAAUGACCAAAGGUCGUUGAAAUGUAAGAGAAAAUCAUGAAAAAAGUUAUUGAAGCUUAGAUGACAAGUAACGUAACAUGCUUGGAAAUGUAUAGAAAUAGAAAAACCAUGCACUCUGUAGUGUAACCUGAAUUAACUUAGUUACACGGAUGUAUAGACUUUGUAAUCACUCAUAUCUUACCGAAGACUCGUCCUGCACUAAGGUGAGAUCAGGCUCUACUUUCAUUUCCCUUAGUUAAUAGAUUUCCGGCUGGCAAUGUGUAUUUAAAAGUCUUGUAUUUAGUACAUUACAUGUAUACCUAAAUUCAAUUAUGUGCGUUUUCGAAUCAAACAAAUAUUGUUGCAUCACUUGCGUUUGCAGCCACAUGAUUACCGUGGACCUGAAACUCAACACUAGGGCCUUCGCGGCCAUAUAAUGACCAUGCAUAUUAGUUGGUUCAUCAUGGCCAUCCCAAGAAUGAGGACAGAUUUUGGAAAAACCUCUCUAUACAGUUUUAUAAAGUUCCGGUGACCAAGAAAAGUCUGCGGGUUUCUCUUGUUGCCUGCAAAAAGCGGAAUAGACCUGCUAUUCAGUUUGUUUUCUCUUGUUGUGCAUAUACCGUAUUUUUAUUCUAUACAUAAAAGCUUACAAAAACAAAGGGAAAAUAGAAGAUUGAACCAAUGAUAAGCUUAAAAUUGAUUCACACUAGCAAUACAUAUUUUCCCUGUAAAGAAGGGUAAAUUUUCAUUCCACACUUUUGUAUGCAUAUUUCGAAAGGAUUAUGGUCAUUUGAGUGCUUUGUAAUUCCCAUAAUAAGGCUAAACGAUUCGAUUUGGCUGAGAGGCAUGUUUGGGUCAAGAUGUUUUUCUGUUAGCCUGGGACCAAGCUUUGAAGUGGGGGAAAAGGUGAAUGAAAUGGGUGAGCAAAGCAAGUCGAGCAGGAGUCUAACCCUUUCCCCCUCCCCAAGCCAUUGCUUGCCUCUCUUUGGUUGCCGAUUUUUCUUGCUGUUUCAACCUGCCUUUUGCCUUUUUCUCCCACUACAGUGCCUGCUACCAGGCUAUUUUCCUAUGCACAAGCCAAUCAUACAAGCGUAAAUUUGAAAAAGGUUUUGGAGCUGACAAGUUACCUUAUCUAUCCAUUUCAUUGAUAGAUGAAACAUGGAAAAACUAAAUAUGCUGUAUCAAGGUUGUUUCAGUAAAGUCAGUCACUGUCAACAACAGUCCUCUUCUGUUUUCAGGGCACAGUUGUUCGAAAGAUGGAUAGCACUAUCCAUUGAAUAAAUUAAUCUCUAUCCAGUGGAUGGCGCAAUUGGUUUUCCCAUACUUAUCUGCUGGAUAUUGAUUUAUCGAGUGGAUAGUGCUAUCCAGUGUUUGAACAACCAGGGCCUGGACUACAAUCACCUAGACGAUUACAUUCCACCAAUUUAUGAAAUAUAAUGACUCACGGGGUUCAAAUCUUUCAAAGUUUUUGUUUUGCUUAAGUUGACAUUUUAACUGGGGAAAUCUGUAUUUUGUACAUAUAACAUCUUUUUUGCUAAACAGGAAGUGAUUACAAGUAAAAAACUUUUUGUGUACAACAUUUAAGUCACGAGCAGUAAGAAUUUCCUUUUUAAUCAGCUCAAGUAUACAAAGAGUUUUGCUUCUGUUCUCUUGUCAGGAAAGUAACAUGUUGUAUUUUCUAAAAGCACUACAAAACUUUUUUCCUGUUUUUGCAUAGCCUGAUAAUAGACAGUCAAAGGAAUGGGAAAAUUCUCGACAGCUACAGUGUGUAUGCAAACCAUUGACUUCAUGUUAGGUUUGCAUAGCUGUUUUGAAUUCUUCCAACAUCCCCAACUUGUGUUUAAUUAUCAGGCUGUGCAAGGAAAGUAAAUUUUUAUUGCUUAACUUUCAUAUUGUAUCAAAAUUAUUUUCUUUCUAAUGAUGUUCAUUAUCAUGCUCAAUGAAAAACUAAAGAGAGCCCAACACCCUCCACCUUAUUCUUAGUACCAAACAAUUGAGGUCCACAUGUACAGCCGGGCUGCAAAGUGAAGCAAGGUCUUAACUUGGAAAAUGUUGGAUGCUACUGUUUGCCAACUACCUGAUUUAUAAGCUAAGGAAAAUUUCCACAAUAUUUUAAGAAAUUUCAAAAGCAAAACAUUUUACUAGUUUACCAGGAGUGCUAGGUUUUUUUCUAAAGGUGAUAUUUGAUACUUUGUACAUGUAAUUUUAUUUUAUCACUACGAUGAUAUUAGUAUUUAAAUUUCCACUUCAGGAUAGGAUUUGGAAUUGCUAAGCAGCUUGUUCGAGAUGGUGCCAAAGUCUACUAAUCGUCAGCCUUUGUUCUGUCCCAAAGAUCACGACAAAGUCUCAACCUUUUACUCCUCGCUCCAACACUUCAAUUUCCACACCACACGGUGCAGCGAAAGCCUCAGCAUCGUAAGAAUCUCAUUGAGGAGGUCAGCAUUUUUCUCAAAUCCUCUAAUGUCACAUUAAAACUGCUUAUUAUAGUAGUGUCCCAUGCAGCUGUUCUUUCACAGUCUGAAAUUUCUUGUGGUCCAGUCAUCAGAAAUGAACAGACUUAAUUUAACAGUAAUAAUAAUAAUAAUAAUAAUGACUUUAUUCACGUGUCAAACAGAAAUCUAGCAGAGGGGAUUCCCCACUGCUAAUAGGGGACACCUAAUUUUCUUAAAUACAAUCUAAAAAUAGAAACGAAUCAAUAUAGAGUCGAAACUAGAAUCUACUAAGAGUUAGAAUUAAAACUACUAAUGAUAACUCACAAACAUUACAUAAACUCCAUUUAUACUUAUCAAAAUUCUAAAAUCUUGUAAUUAAAAUCAUAAUUAAGAAAAGUUAAAAUGACGAACUGCAAAGGUAGCAGCCACUACAUCCAUCUGAAAUGUUACUUAAAUCAAGACUGCAUAUCCGGGUCUUAAACUGCUUUUAUAAGACUGGCAGCUGAUCGGUCCUUGCUUGAUAGCGAUUACCAAAUCACGGACUGGUUGCCCAUGUAAUUCACGCUGUAGUCUAGGGCCAAUACUUGUACAUGUAACAGAACUUUAUUUAUUCCAAGUGCUUAAACAUUCAACAUGGCUGACUACAAGAAUGAAUAGUAAUGGCAGUAAUAGGCAGUGGCCACUGACCAACACUGCCAACCUCUUUGAAUGCAUGAACAGUUGUGAAAAGACACCAUUAGGUCGAGAUUUAAUUCUGCAUGAGAAAUGGUACAGUGUUAUAAACAGUCCAUUGGUUGAAAGAUUCGGAAAUAAAAGCUGGAGAUUCAAAGGCUCUGGUCAUUGCAAACAAGAAAACUCAGUCAGAGACAGAAGCUUUGGAACCACAGCACAACUUAAGUGAAGUUUCAGAAAUUUAAGUCAAGGUGGUUAACAGCUGACCAUGGCUUUUAUUAGGGACUAGAUAAUUUUCUCUUUGGACACCUAGAUCUGAAAAGAUGAUUGUCCAGUGGUUGUCAAAAAUUAAUUUCAGACCCUGUCUUUUGUCUAUGUCUGAAAAGAUGAUCAAAAAUUAAUUUCGAGCACUGUCUUUGUCUCGUCAUGCAAAGCAUGAAGAGACAGGUAAUGGCUGCAUGGGAGACUAUAUGGUAGACGUUUGUAUGUUAUCCAUUUGCUUCCCAACUUAAAUGCUCCACCUUAAUGCUCCUUUUUUUCCACUAAAAUGCACAGUCUCCCCCAAUAAAGUCACUAAAAUGCUCAAUAGUGCCCAUCAUACAGCGUCUUUGUUAAAGAUCGAUAAAGAUUAUCUAAAGUUUAUCCUCUAAACGGCUGCACUAGGGGCCAUUUUAUCUUAAAAAGUUCUUUAAGUUUCAUUUUCUCUGAAAAAAUAAUCAUAACGAAUAACGCUUAAUGCUUUUACCUCACCAAAAUCCUCAAAAACAAAAACUAGCAAGCAUUAUAAUGCACAAAAGCUUACUAUAUUGUAAGCUAAUUUUUGCUUAAUAAUUAAUAGCUAUCUUUACUGAUAUAUGUAGUUUGUGCAUUUUGUUUUUAGACUUUGCAACACUUUGGUGGGAUUGAUAUCUUGGUAUCAAAUGCAGCCGUCAAUCCAACAUUUGGCCCACUUCUGCAGGUGUUACUGACAAAGGCCAAUUUUACUAUCUAAGGUAUUUAAUAGUGCUGUACGUCAGUUUUAAAACAACCUGUUCCGUUUUCACUCAUGUGGUGCACUGUAAGACUUGUCCUUAUUCAUUAGGAACUAAAGGGAAUUUAUGUUUUUAAGUAGCAGUUUACUCCAAGUAAUGUUAAAUUGUAUGUAUUCUUAGGAACUCAGGCUACUCCAAUAACCAUGACUGAUCCAGGAGAAAGCUAGUUUCAUGAAUAAUUGCCAACGAGCAGCCUUGCGAAGACGCGAGGCUGCGAGGCGACAGCCUAAUAAAGCCAUCCGCGAAAGUUGCAAGGCAGAAUGAAUCUCGAAGCGAUGUAACAUAAGGUAGUGUAAGGUGACAUAAUACAAAACAGAGAAUGCAUCGUUUUCGAGCGAACGCGUGAAACAACAGAGAAUCCACGAGCAGUGUGCUUGUUUGUGAGUCCCGUGCUCAUCCCUUCUUCAACCAACCGUCGGGUGGGUUCAUUUGCAACAUACGCGUAUAGCUGUCGCAUUUCCUGCUGGCAUUUUUGUAUUGUUUUUAGGCUUAAAAACAAUAGAAAACUCCAGCGAGCAGAUGCGACAGCUAUACGCGUACGUUGCAAAUGGACCCACCCGUCAUUUAAAACCGUAAAAUCUUGCUCGUUGGCACUUAGCGAUAGCUAUAACUAGCAGUACAUACAGAUGUAGAUUAACGUUUUUUAAUGUGUACGUCUACAUCUAGCCUGUUUGCAGACGUCUCUCCUCCCUCAGGAAAAAAUCCGACGUCUGUACACAGGCUAGUCUACAUUUACAUCUACAUAAAUAAAUUGUAAAGUCCCUCAGGGGACAUGUCGCAAGUUUCAAAGAAAGAAAAUAAAUAUCAAAUAAAUAAAUAAUCAACCAAAUCAUACUGCUUCAACUUUCAAUAUUUCGAUCGUCAUGCAAUAAUUCAUUGUCUUUUGUUUGUAAAAUUUUAGACUCCAGAGGAAGCUUGGGAUAAGGUAAUCUUUUGCAAAAUAAACGUCACAUUUUCUGUCCUUAAUGUGUAAUAAACAGGUACAAUUAAUUUUCAAAAAAUUAUCUUUUUGUAUUUAAACAGUGGCCGAAUUUAUACUAGAGACGAAAAACGGUGUUAAGACGAAGUUUGACCCCAAAUUCAACAUGCUGACAGACGAAUCAAAUAAAGACGAAAAUAAGCGUACAUAUAAAUAUGAUACGACAUAAAUAUGAUUACUUAUGAUACUUUGAGAGGAAACAAAAGUGAAAAUAGAACAUAUCGAAAUUCAUGAAAGUGAACAUGAUCUAAGUGAACAUGUUUUUUGCGGGGAAAUGAACAACCUAAGCGCAGUUGAAAAAGAAACUGACAAAAAUUCAGGCGUGACAGGGAAUCGAACCCUAAUUUUUGCGUUGACCGGACGCAACGCUAUCUGAUAUAAAUGAUGUAAUAUACGAAUGAAUCAUUUUUUUUUUUUUACUUUUUCGAAUGAAUCAUAUGUUACCUCAAUGGAUAGAGCGUUGCAUCCGGUCAUCGCAAAGGUAAAGCUUCGAUUCCCGGUCAAGCCAGACUUUUUUUUUCAGGUUCUUUUUUAACCGCUUACCUUUGUUCAUUCCACUGUUAAGAUCAUGCUCUCUUUCAAAUCUUUAUCUGUGUAGCAGACUAAAUUUCCCGCCUACUUACUGCAUAUACAGCUGUACCCAGUAACUUGAAAUCUUAGUGACAGCCCUGGUGGAUGUGUCCGGAUCUCUACUCAGAAAGACACCCUGUGGUCCGAUUCUCUUUAGCGUUCACCUCCCACAAGCGAGCGCUAAAUUUUCGUAUGGGCCGUUAAUUACGGGAGGCCUGACUUUAAUAUGUUUUUACCCUAAAAGUUUCUUCGACCAUUUCUCUCUGCAAGGGCUCACACUAGUAAGCAAAAUGAGUGAACACGCUCGUUUGGUAAUUUGUCCAUAUGACUUCCAGAUUUAGUUUUAAAUAUUGUGUUAGAUGCCUGAUUAAUAGUAACCGCUUGGAAACUGUUUUCAGGCAGCACCUCAAGCUAUAUCUGUUUACGUUUUCGUUAUUUUUCAGAUCUUUGAUGUGAACGUGAAGUCUGCCUUCUUGCUGGCGAAGGAUGUUAUUCCUUUAAUGGAGAAAAGGGGGUUUGUAGAUUUGUUGCUUUUGUUGUUAUUUUAA